AUGGCAGUUCAUAAAAUUAUUAUCGUCGUUUCGACAUUCCUCGUUCAGGCUGUUUUCGGUCAAGAUUACAUCGGUAACACUUUUGUGGAGAAUAUCGUCUUGGGAAACUCCGGGGCAAAUGGCAUUAACGUGCUUAACUCCGGAAUCAGCUCCUAUGGAGUUGCCAAUACCGGCAUUGGCAACGCCGGUUUGAUUAACGCAGGAUAUGGAAGCGGUAUCGGUUUGAUUGGCACAGGUCUUGGCAGCGGCGUCGGUCUGGUCGGAGGUAACGCAGGUGUCGUUAAUGCUGGAUUGAAUGGCGUUACCUUCAACCUUAAUGGCCUUACCGUUGGUUCGAGCAGCCCUCUGAUCGUCACUAACAUCUCCCCCAUCGGUCCCAGUGGUCUCGCUGUGGCGUCAGAGAACGUGAUCGACGGCACCUUGUUGGUGAGCGGCUCUCUGCCUUUCCUCAGCGCGGUGGCGUUUGAGGGCACGCUGCCAACAGCUGGAUCUGGUAUAGCCACGUGUGGUUGCGGUAAUGGCGCUGUCGGAAUCAUCAACGUUUGA